GAUUUUACAUGACCUAUAUCACAUUUUCAAUAGUUUUGUUUGCUGUGUGGUAUUACUUCAGAAGUAGUUACCAUUACGACGUUGUAAUUGUCGUAGAAUUGCUAUUUUACGAAUGUAAAUAUAAAUUCACUUCAUUAUUAACAGCCAAUCCGAUGCACUUCCUUUUUGGUGAAUAUAGUUUAAAGUCUCCUGGUAUGUGUUAAGCCAUCUGUCAAGAUCGUCUUCAGCUGUCAAAACUGUCAAAGUAGCCGUGUUUGUUAUUAAACUGACCAGCUGUGUGUACGACUGAAGUUGAUUGUUGAAGGUAGUCCUCCUGUGGCACUCUGAGCAGUAUUCAUAAUUACUUUUGAGGGGAGUGAGAAAUCUUGGAUUAUUGCUUCAAAAAGUCAUUGUCUGAGUGAUAUAAGGGUAUAGUCAUGACAGUAGAAGCUGAAUGGAAAGCACAGAAUGUGGGGAAAUGUUUGCUCCAUUGGCCCCUGACACACAGCACCUGGAGACAGUGAGGGCACUGCAUCAGACAGUUGUUGCCUUACGUGUGGCCCUCGAUAAGUCACGUACAGAAUUGGAAGCACUGCGACUUAAAGUGCGAUCGAGUGCUGUUUACACAGACACAAUUGAAAAACUCUCACUGGAAAACCACAUUUUGCGGCAGCGAAUUUUGGAUGUAAAAAAUGUUCCAGAAACCGUGGGUAAUGUAUUACACCCACGUGAGGAGCAGUCUGCAGUAGAGCAAGCUACUGAACACAUGGAGUCUUCCACAAACAAAAAACUGAAAGAAAGUUCAGAAUUGAUUGUUGAAGGAAAGGAUCUACCAGGUAAAACAGGAAGCUCCGUUGAAGCUGUGCAGGAUAAUAUAGAGGCAAGAAUAACUACUUCAUCUGUGCCAGUAAAAGGUGCUGAAGCUACUACACAAGCUGCACAUAAUCUCCAAACUAUUUCUCCAGCUAUAAAAAAUGCAAAUCAAAUUACAGAGAAUACUGAGAAUAGUGUUGCUUAUAAAGGCAAUAGAGAUGCUGUUAAACUGGAUUCAGAUGAGACGAAGACACACAAAGGUGAACAAGUGCAAGUCAUCAAGUCACUGUCAGAGAGCAGUGGAGACAAAUCAGCAUGCAGUGAGCAGGAGCAGGUAUCCCCACAGGGUGGCAAGAACGCCGGCGAGUCUGACAACGAGUCUGAAGAGGUGGAUGACAUCGAACUCAUAUUUACGACAGAGGAAACAAAAGAGUUGGGCAUGCUGCAGGAAGACCUCGUAUCAAUAACUGAAGCAGAGAAUUGGCAGCCGGGCAGUGUCUUGGUGAAAUUUUCUGAUGCUGACCAUUUUGAUGAACUACCUGAAGAGGCACAAGAGACAGAUGGUGAGGACAGGGGAUCAAUAGAAGAUGCUAAAGAUGCGUCAAAAGAAUCUAACCUGACGAAAGUAUGGACACAAUCUGUACUAGUGGAAACAGACAUAUCAAAGUGUGGAGUUGUUGAUGAAAUUGAGCAACAGGGACGUGUGUCCAGAAGAAACACUCUACCAAAUCCCCUUAUCCACCAGCCAAUAGUGCGUGACCCACUGCCCGGUAGCCGAGGCCAUGGCACAGUUUUGUUUUCUGCCAGUCCAAGAAGCGCCACUGUAAAAUUUUCACCAGUGGUGAGUAAAACAAGUGGUUCUGAAUGCAAACAGUCUCCAGUGAGACCCAUUCUUUCAGAAAAGAAUGCCAUAAAAAGAGAGUCUGAAGCACAAACUGAUAUCACUGCAUUACCAUCUCACUGGAAAUCUGAAAGCUACUUAGCACAUAAGGUGGCGCACAACUUUACAACCUUACCAUCAAAAUUCACACUCCCAGUGCAACAACUGCCAAACAAGUAUUCCCUACGACUCUCUGAAAAAACUCGAGAGGCACGCAGAACGUUACUGUCUGACAUCAACUUCACAAGUAUGGUACCAGAGCUUUCACGCAGUGCAGAUCAUCUUUGCCAGGAUGAAGUUGAAGGAGGUUGCACUGGAGUGGUUGGUCCUGCUCUCUGUAGGAAUUACCCUCAUGCUCAUGCAUAUAUGAAGAAUGUGAAUGGAGGACAUGAUGGGCACACAGGAUCUAGUCUGAUAUCUCCAGGCUAUUCUCAUUUUCGUGAUUAUGGGAAGGAUGCUUGGUCUCCAUCCUGUGAUUGUUCACAGAGUGGCCCAAUAAGCUAUGGUAGUUCUCAAAACAGGCUCGGAUGGGACAGUGUACCAGGGAGUACUCGUUAUCGUGGGUCACUGACAUCCAUAACCCAUCAGUCAUCAUACGAAUAUCCUGAAUCCAAAAGGAGAUACUCGUGGAGACCUUCUCCAGAUUCCUAUCACAAAGCAGGUGUGCCGCAGAAGCCGACAUGGGGUUCUGUUCCCUCAUCACCAACACGUUGCCGGUGGGGUCACGUUACUCCAUUUGCACCUUCCUAUGCUACUCCACAGUCUGAAGCAGACUUGUAUACUCCAUCAUAUUGGUCUGCAAAACAGCCCCAAGCAAGAUUGUCAAAAGCAAGAACGAGAAACAGAGUUACUUUCUUUGAUGCUCCAUUGCACCAUCGAGGACACCCUGGCCAGUCACUGCCUGAUCUACGGGCAGACAUGGAACUGGAGAGUGGGGACUCGACGGAUUCUCUUAUUGAUGAAGCAGAAGAAUAUUUGAGGCGAUCAAUUGACUCAAUGUUGACUGGUACAGACUGGAGUAGGACUGUAAAGCGCAGGCAGGUCCGACGUGUAUCAGAGCCCGAUCCAAUAAGAGAGUUCAGACCACCAAAAUCAGCUCAUCCUUUCCUUCCAAAAAUUCCCCGUGAUCUGAAGCUGGAUUACUUUGUGAAAGUGAUUACAAAUGAAGGGCGAGUGAUGGUCGGAAGGGUGCGGUAUGUUGGCUCAGUGCCCACAAAGGAUGAACCAUAUGUUGGAGUAGAAUUGCCUCAGGAUGCUGGAAAUUCAGAUGGAUCAUUUGAAGGACGUCGGUUCUUUGAUAGUGAUCCUGACAAAGCAGUAUUUGUACCCUUCAAGAAAGUUGUAAUGGCUUGGAGUAUCUAAACAAAGAGUAAUGUAUCAAUUUACUUAUUGUUAAAGAAGCUAUUUUUGUUGAUUUUUUGUUUGGCAUGAUAGAAGGAGUGAAACCGGGCGCGCGCACACACACACACACACACACACACACACACACUCUCUCUCUCUCUCUCUCUCUCUCUCUCUCUCUCUCUCUCUCUCUCCACUGCACACAACCAGCACACAUUUGUAUAUAUAAAGAAAACUGUUUACUCUAGACUUGCAACAGCUUGAUAUCUUAUAUUAGUUACGAAUGCUGUAUGAACUUGCUUUGAAUACUAGUGUACCGAUGGUAUUAUUUUUUGAAAGAAAGAACGAAAUAGACACCGUUGAUUCAUUUCACAAACCAGUGCAUGACUCUUAAACUCCUGUUCAUGAUAUCUGGUUCCUGAUUAUCAUAAUUUGUGGUAAAUGUCAUGACAUUCCAUGUUAAAUAUUAUGAAUCACAACAUUAUGGUUAACUUGACGCUGCAGAUAUUUCUGUCUAUAUCCAAAAUUUGAUGCACUGCAAUUGUUAGUAAAAUAAACGCAUACUUUAUGUAUUUCCAUUGCUUGAAGACGUCAAACGUGAAGUGGGCACAUUUGUAAAUUGUUAAGAGGGUUUCCCAUUUGUUGCUGUAACUACAAUAACGUAGUGCUGAGUCUUUCUGCCUGUUGUAUUUGUCAAAACAGAGAAUAUGUAUUCUGGUCAUUUGCACAUUUUCUUCUUCAGCCAUUGGUAAUUGUUUGAAAACUAAAUAUUUGAUUGUUGUCAGCUAGUAAACAUGUAGCACAUGUGACGUUUUUCAUGUAAUAAUUUUGCUCAGAAGUGAAGACCUUAGUGUCAGUGAGGCAGUAGUAUGAAUAUUAAUUUACUGUAGUUGGUAAUGUGUCUUUCUUAUCUCAGCUGAGAAUUUUGAUGCACUAUAUGUGGCUUUUUUUUUUUUUUUUUUUUUCAAGCUUGAGUAAGUAUUUAGCACGUUAAGUCUUAUAAAAUUAAAACAGAAGCAACAAAGUGCCAAAAUGUCAACGUUAACACCAAUUGAGCCAAAUUACAGAUAUUGUAUUUAUAUAAACUAUUGUUCCAACGUUUUGAGUGGUCUAAACCACUUGUGUCAUAGUUUUAAAUACUAAGUUUCACAUGUAAAAUAGUAUUUCUUUAGUCUUGCAAUUUAUAUGUUUUACAUGUCCAAGCACAGGUAAUUAUUAGACUGCUUGAAGAUCUAUUGUGAUUUCACAUAUUGUAAGUUGACAGGUUUUUUUCAUGCAGUACUACUUAAAAUAUCAUGUAAAAAUUACAAUUGAAAGACAUGACAUUAAUUUGCAUUAAUUUGUUUGUCUGGAACACUAUACAUCUGUCCUCUCUUUUGGAGGAAGAACAUGGAUUUUGCUUCCACAUUUUAUUUGGAGGCAGUUUCUCAUAUAUUUUGUGAUAUUUCUCUUUAUAUUUUAUAAUGUAAGUUUAUACCUCUUUUUUUUCUCUCUUACUUUUGUGACUAGAGAUUGUGAUUAUUACAUAAUGCAAAGCAUAGCUGUAGUUUAUUUACAUACUUUGUGAUAGCACUAUUUCAAUUAUCUUUUCAUUACUCCAUAUUUAAAUGUGUGGUUGUGUAUUCUGUCAGCAUGGUGUGAUGUUUAAAUGUGGUGUAGUAGCAAAUUUCUAGGGAAUUUUUAAGCAGUUAGGCAUUCCAUGCCAUUGACUGGACACUGCAAACAUAACUUUUUUUACUGGAAGCUAACCUUCCUUCUAGAUUUUAAAAAUUCUGACCCAACUUCAUAAAUUUGCGUCAGUGCGCAGUGAGGAUGAAACGUGUUAGGCACUCGAAACAUCACCUGACAGUGAAUACUGUGUCAUCCUUACUUUUGGAGAAAAUGCUUUGCCCUGUUAGGGUUGCUGCAGUUAUGUGUAAAAUACCUAUUCUAUCCCUGCAGUGUAGGUAAUUGUUAGCAUUUGUGAGUGGCCUUAAAAUGCAUAUUGUCAGAUUGUUCUCGGUAAUAAGAUAUCCUAUGGUAGUACAAAUGAGAGAAAGUCCAUAAUGGUUUCUUUCACCCCACAAGUUAUUUUAAUUUAGUUUAUGUGCACUUUUAAUUCAGAAAUGUGUAUGAUUGUUUCAUUGUAAGAGUGUUAAAAAAAUAGUAUAAGAAGUGAGAAGUAUUGACUUCAGUGGCUAUUGUUAGUUUCAAACAAAUGUUAAUACCAGUGUCAUUUAUUAGCAGUUGUGGGCUACUGGUCUACUAAGAUGUGCCAGUAUUGGCCACUAAAAGCAAAUAAUUACCAUCAAUAAAACAGGUCCAACUUCCUCCUCUCCACACUCAUCAACCUGGCAUGAGAUUAGUCCUAUAAUGCCCUUCUCAGACACAGUCAUGAACCCAGAACAAUUGUACUGAAACACUUUCCACAACAAUGUACCUUAUUCAUUAUUGUGAGGAUUGCUGGUGUUUCUUUUGCACAAUGAACUUAUUUUUAGUAGUAUUUCGAGAAGACUACUAUGAAAAAAGAAAUAAUGCUGUCUUACGUAUGACAGACUGAGAUAAAAACAGGUGAUUUUAAUUAUAAUUAGAGCUUCGAGUCAGCUGCUUAAUUAUUUUGAAAGUCUCAUAAUCAGGGAACAUAGUCUCCCAGUCACUGUUUACUGACACCCUGAAUGAUAUCUUGUUUUUAAUAUAUGAAAUCAAUAUAGUCAAUAGAUUUUUGCAACCCUUUACUUAUAGACCAAAGCAGUGCUUCGGCAAAGACAAACAAGAGAAAGAAGAUACUAAACAAGAAAAAUGGAAGGGACAGGGAGAUGUAAGGAUGAAUAUAAAUAACAAACUCAAACUGCAGGAGGUCAAUGUAAAUUGCAAUUUAGUGCCUCACAGUUGUCAAUUUAGGUUUUUGUAUGUACUCCCCUCUUCUUAUACUACAUUCCUUUAUUGAUCUUUACAAGUUUGCAGAAGUUAUGCCAUCAUUUGUAACUGCUUCUAAUGGCAUCCUGUCAUUAAUGCUGCUGCUGGUGGCCAAAUAAUUCAGUGUCCUAUAUUUUCUCCUCCUCCUCCUCCUCCUCCUCCUCCUCCUCCUCUGUGUUAUUUUGUAUUUUGUUUUCUAUCUGCCCAUUGUACUUGCUAUUCUUAUUAGUAAUGAAAAGGAGUCUUGAGCAUAAUAGAGAAAGGACACCAUAAAAGAAUACAUACAUUCACUCAAAGUGGUAGAUAAUUAAAUGUGAUGUAGUUAUUGCCCUGUGAAAAAUCUUCAUUUUUUUUUUUUUUUUGUUUCUUAGAUAUAGAAUAGAAGUAAACUAUAAAAUGUGGACAUUUCUGUCUGUUUCCAUGCUAGAAAUUUCUUUAUCAUGUACAUCCCAUGUAGCAGCCAUAAAUGGAAUUAUUGGGGAGUGAGGAGAUGAGACUGAACAUAAUAGCUUGUGGAGUACAUAUGUAGAUUUUUUGGUUAGGCACUCUUCCAUCUGUGUAUCAAAGAAUGUUCUAACUAUGUUGCUGUUUUUCUUUUCUCAUCUAGAAUUAAUUAUGAGUGGUUGUGUCAUUUUUGUUUGUUGUUACUGUACUGGGAUUUCUACUAUCAUAAAAGGUAAUAGAUAUAUAGAACAGGUGUAAAACCAAUAAUUCACUGAACAGAAUAAUGACACAAAAGACUGAGAGUUUAAUUUUUACUCUCAUAAAUAGUGCAACCUGUUGAGACUGAAUAGAUGUGUUUGUACAUUUUUUUGGGGUAUUUUAUAAUAUUCUAACUAAAAUGAGAAUAAUCAUUGGCAUAGAGCUUCUUAAUACUAAACCAGGGACACUGAAAGGAAGGUAGAGAGAUCUUCAUUUGUGCUUUAUAUUUGGAAAUGAACUGCGAGGAGCACUGGGCCCCAGGCAGCUUUAAACAUUUUAGGAGGAUCAGGUUCUCUGUUAUGAAACAGAAUAAGUCACCCUUGAAGCUAUUUCUGUCUGGAUAGAUCUAACACCCUGCUUAUUGAAUCUGAUACUGUGUUGUCAACCUAUUCUAGAGAAUGAUGUAAAAUAUUUAUCAGUCAAGUCUCCUGUACAAAAAUUGAUUUUUAUGAUUUCAAGAAUAUUAAAAUAGGCAGUAAAUUUUGUAUCAGUGUCUACAAAUACUUUGUAGAAGAUUAUAAUUUCAUUAUUUCUAUAGUAUUGAUGUCCAUUUCUUUGUUGUUCAUCUGUAGUUUCUUGUUUGUUUAUAAUUCUUCAGUUGCUUCACUUGUUUAUGAAAAUGUCACAAGCAAGUACCUCUCGUGUAGUUGCCACUCUCCAACUGAAUAUAAAAAUUUGAACUCAGUGUUUCACAUCCUAUAUAUGCAGAUGCAUAUCUGCCAUUUUCAUCUCUGCGUUAUUGAUCAAAGUGGUAGGCCCAUGUGUGUGGGGUUAUGGAUAUGGACCAAGUGAAAGCAAAAAUUAAAUGAGAGUGCAGGUGAGUAAAUGUGGCACCCGUAUGAAGUUCUAGCAGUUAUUGAGAUAUGAGAGCAGUUGGCUACAGCAUUUGGAAUGAGAGGAAACAAAAAGUGAAAAUUUGAUUAGAAAGAGCUGUGUGAACAAACAGAAUAACAAGUGGGCUGAGGAAUGAUGAAGAAUGAUUAAAUGUUGCUGUCUGUUCACUUCUUUCAUUAAUUUCAUUCUCUUGAUCUCAGUACUGAAUCUAUUACAUUAUACAUCCUGUGUACCACUGCUUUUGCUUUGUGUAUCAUUAUCACUAUGGCAAUGUCAUAGAAAGACAAAUUAUUUCCCAUUGUAAAAUCAUGAGGUUGUCAUUAUUGUAGUUUGUUGAAAUCAUUUAUAUUUAUAAUGGAAUUAACAAUGCUUAUUUCAUAUGGCUUUUCCAUUUCAUUGUGAACUUCCUUAACUGAGUGUUCUAGGAUUUCAUAUAAUGUGAAGUGAAUAAAACAUUUAAUAUGUGGUGUGGCACUCUCACUUUGUGUUAAGCUGAUUCAAGUCCUGGCGAUGACAGAAAUUUUCACCACUAGUAGUUGGCCAGGAAGAAGAGGAGAGAAUUUGGCAUAAAGUUCCUGAUUUAUAGACUUUGCAGCACUGUCCUGGCUUAAAUAUCAAAUUGCGGUCUCUCACGAAGUCAGGAUAUGUGGCAGUAUUGAUAGUGAUCUGUCCAUUGGAUGGGAUUGUUAAGCUCAAAUGUCUCCCUUGGGGCUACUCGAGAAUACUAGCCCUUAUAUACACACCCAGGAUUUUACACUUCCAUCCUCCCCUUCAGUAUUAACAACUUCAACAAUACACACAGUACACACAACAUCCACACAUCACAGUCACUAUUAUUGGAUAUUUAAAUCUCCAAAAUGGUGUCCAUUGGGAAGACUUGCUACAGACAGAGAGUUGAUUGGAAAGUAAGAAAGUGUUCCUGAUUUUAUUGGUGUACUGUUAUUGUUGUUAUUGGCCGAUAUACUUUUGAUUUGUAGUAUUGCCAACAUCUGCCACCAGUAAUUUAUUUGCCAUUGUUUGGCAUGUUUGUCGUUAGUCUUUUUGAAAACAUUUUGAAAUAUGAAGGAAUAAGAACAGUGCAAGGUGCUUAAUCAGACAUAUUGAUGUAGUCAUAGUUCUUUUGUGUUCUGGUCAUUUUUGACAGAGCAGUAUUUGUUAUUACAACCAUUUAAUUUGGUUCUGCACGACAUGCAUCUGCAUUUUUUUUUGCAAUAAUUGUAAACAAGUUGAUAUCAGUGCUAUAAGUUUUCAUUGUGUUCUGUCUAUCAGCGAUUAUUAUUUCUGCUUUUCUGUUGAUUAUUGUUAAUAACUCUUCACUACUAACUGUUAAGCAUAUUAAUCAUAUCUCUUGAAACAGAAAGCAAUAUUUUCCCCCAACAUGCUCAGUAUUGCGACCUAUAUCUAAAGCUUCUGUUUAGUCUUGUGACAUACUGAGAUAAGCAGCAAAUGUUAGCAAAUACAGACAAAAUGUAAUUUUAGCUUUGGUAUAUUUAAGUUGAUGUAAAGAAACAACACAUUAUUACAUGGGAUCAUUAGGAGGCAGAUGAUGCUAAUAUGUAUGAUAAAUAAUCAUUAUGUUGUCCAGUCCUCCACAUCAUUAUUACACCUGCUGUGACUUGUGUGUAUGGACAUUGGCAUACCGAACAGUAUCAUAAAUAGCUGCAAGAAUGUAUAUAAAUAGCACUGCAUUUAAAGUCCUAUGUUUCAUGUUGUUUUUGUUGAAUAUUGACACAUAAAAAUUUACUGUUAUUGUCAAAUAUUUUAGAAUCACAAACUGUCAUGUUUCAUCUAACAAGAGAAGUGCAGCAGGAAGCAUCAUGAAGCAAAGUGUGAAAAGUUACAAGGGGAAAAAAAAGAAAAGAAAAAUUGAAGAAUAACGCCUUUCAGAACAUUCAGCUGAGGAAUACACAUAAAAGCAAUACCUACAACACAAACAGUGGAAGGCAGCAGGUGGGAAUGAAUUUCUGAUCUUCCCUGUAGCAUGCAUUUUGAGUUUGUGUAUGUGUGUCAAGCGUUCACUUAUGACACAAAUGUCAGGACAGACAAAACUGAAACUUUUUGCUAUAGAUCAUUGAUAUAGCGCAGCACUGUAAAAGUACUAUUAGAGCAUUUUGCACAUUGACAUGAGGACAAAUGAAAAGACAAACAUAAUACAGUGAUGUUAAAAACAAACCACUUGUGCCGUAGCACACAGGAAACUUAUUUUCAUAUGACAUUGGUUUCCAAAAAGAGAAGAGUAUCUCACAGUCAAAAUUAUCAAACAAUGCAAUUAUCAGAUAAAAGAAAAGUAAAAUGUAGAAUGCUAUACAGUAGUGUGGUAUAGGUGACAAAAAUGAACUCAGGUAUACGAAUUUCUACCAAAGCAGAGCAGCAGUUUGCAGAGUAAUAGUGCUGCAGGUCUCAAAGGGCUUCCCCAGACCGUCUGUUCAAAAUGUCAAUAUCAUAAACAUCCUUUUGUUGGCAUCAUCAGUUAUUAGCAACACAUUUUCUGGAUAUUCUUGUUUAUUCCAGUACAUCCCUUGGUGCUGUUUUACCAAAAGAAUUUCUUUGAUCAGCUUUAUAUUUGAAGAGUGUGUGUGUGUGUGUGUGUGUGUGUGUGUGUGUGUGUGUGUGUGUGUGUGUGUGUGUGUGUACUCACCACUCACAUGUGUGUAUUUGUGUAGCUGUGUCUGUCCAUAUGUGUAAAGUUACUGGUUUUGCUGCAAGAUCUCACAAACAAUGCAUCCACACUUCCAUAAUAUCCACAAUAUGAUAUCUGAUUAUCUUGUGGUAAUUGUUAGUAAAGUGUAUGCAGUGUCUGCCAUCAUUCAUCAGCCAGUAAUUUUGAGCUUUACAACAUUCUUGCCACAUACACAUUAGCAGUCAAUAUAAAAAUGUUAUAUAUAUUUAAUGUGUGUAAUGUAGCAGACUAGUUAGUGAAUCUAAGUAGGUACCAUUAAAUAUGGAAGAACUUUGAUAAAGGAGAUUGUUUCUUGUAGCAGUAAUUUUGGAAGCUCCUUCCUGUUGGCAUCUUCAUUACUACAAAAAUUCUCCAGACUUCAGGUACCAAAAUUUUCUUCCAUCACAUAUGGGUGGGUCAGUCCCUGUAUUUCUAAGAGGUAAUCUCUUGCCUCUGUAAUUUAAAUAUUUUUUCAGAGUUUUCAGCUUUUGCAUGAUUCAUAUAUUAAAUUUGUUUUUUUAAAAAAUGUGACUUAUCAUAGUAACAUGUGUCUCUGUUUUUCCUGUACUUGUCAUUCAUGGUAUAUGUUUUAUUUGCUAUACACCAGAUCAUGUGUUAAUUUUUAAGGAGAUAUGAUUCCUUUUGUUCUGUGAUAUUUCUGUAAAAUAAACUGUGAAGUAUUGAUAUAUACUAUGUAGAAUUACUUUCAGAGAUAUGCUGUACCAACAUGGAUAGGUACUUUACUUAAGCUGUUCAAAUAACUACUUAAUCUCCAUUACUUUUAUGCAUCAGUUUCAUUUCGGUUGACAAUAAAAUACCAGUCAGAUAGUCAAAACAUAAAUAACAAAGUAUCUAUGUAAUUACUCAUGUUCCAGCAAGAAUAGUAUUGACAUGUGUGAUCUAUUGCAUGAGUUUUUAUUUGUUAUUUGGACUGUCUUUAGGUAUCAGCUCAAAAAAAUGUGUUGCAGCUCGAACUUUUGAGUUUUCACCCGGCUGGCAGCCUAAGAUGGUUUUAUCAGUCAUUUUGACCAGAAAGCUUCCCAGUAGUUUUGAUGCUUACCAGUUAGCUUUCAUAAUGGUAUUUUUCUGUUAAACCAGAUUUUAAGAGUGUAUUGUCAUCAUUAAGAGGGACCAUGAAAACAUUCAUGUGGCUUCUUCCCCCUAUAUUAUGAGGUUUGUCUUUCUGUAUUUGACUACAUACAAAAUUUAAGAAUAUAAGAAAACUGUAACUAUACUUUGUUUCAUUAAGAUUGUGUGCAUAAAAUGUCCACAUACCAUUAAUAGUAAUUGUUUUCCAGAAAUAACUUUAAACUUCCAAAUGACCAGUAUAACUUAUUUCUGAAUUCAUUUGCUUUAUAGGCACAAGAAAACACAUUCUCAAGUCUGAAAAGCUUAUGAUAUUUUAUAUAAGUUUGAAUAUCUAUGAAUGUUGGAACAUAUGCUUAAUGUCCUAUCUUGAGAUUUUUUAUAAUACUCAAACACUUUUAGCAAAAAGAUGUAUGCUUCAUAAUGUACUUUGAGCACAUGUUCUGUAUACAUAAACGAAAAAAAAAAUCAUAAUCAACUAUAAGCAUAUCUUCUAUCAGUCAUGUAAAAUGAAACCAGAAGUAAUAUUAGAAUUAUCUAUAGUCAAAUAUAUGUUUAUCAGUGUUAUUUACUGUUUCUGUGUACUGUUUAAAUGUAAUAUAAUGAUGUUAUUCCAAAUAUAAAACUAUGUAGGAAUGCAGAUAAUGUUAGUUAAAUGGCGGUUGUGGGGCAGUCCAUAAACUACACACAACUGAAUUCAUCUUCCAGAAUGUAUCUGAAAUUUGUAAAAGAUGAAUAUGUUUCUGAUGCUUCGGUGUAUUUCUUAUUGUUACCGGUACUGUAAAACAACAUUUGUUCAGUGAGAAUAUUAUUUUGAGUAUUAGUGAAUAAAGAUACAUAGUUUUGUGUAAGUGGCAGUUCAGAGUGUCAUUUGUGUUAGUGUAGUUAAACUUGAGUAUUAUACAAACAGAUAUACUGCUUGUAAGAAAAGAGCUUGUAAAUAGUUUCAGGUUUCAGUUCAAUAAACUCAAUAAACAAAUUGUUUUUAUUUAAGAAUAUAAGGUAAUAUAAUCUUUAAUUAUUGUAUUGAAAUCCAACUUCAUAAAGCAUACACGACUGAUUUAAUUUCUGAAAUACUGCUUUAACUGAUAAUCCAUGUGUUAGAAGAAUGUACUUUUGUAAAGUGUAUUCAUCUAGUAGUGUUUUACUUUUCAUACAAGCGACCAAGCGAGAUGGCACAGUGGUUAGCACACUGGACUCGCAUUCGAAAGGACGAUGGUUCAAACCCUCUUCCAGCUAUCCUGAUUUAGAUUUCCCUGAUUUCUGUAAAUCGAUUCAAGCAAAUGCUGGGAUGGUUCAUUGGAAAGGUCACGCCAAUUGCCUUCCCCAUCCUUCCUUCAUCCAGUGGGACCGAUGACCGCGCUGUUUGGUCCCCUCCCCCAAAUCAGUCAACCAAACAACCAUUGCCUAGAUUUAAAAAGUAACUAAUCUUCAGCUCUGCUUAGGCAACUUUCGAUCCUCAGAUACCAGUUGUUGCUUCUCAUCUGAUGUUUUCCCUUCCUUUAUUCCAUCUUGUUGUAUACAUAACAUUAAUGAUUUUUUGUGUCUCUACUAUCAGUAUGCUUUUGAUAUUAAUAUAUUUUUCUUCAGUGUUUCACAUAAAUGACUGGAUUUAUGACACACAGUCCACUUUCCUUGUUUCAUAUUUUAUGUACUGUAUGUAUUAUUAUGUAUUCUUUUAAGUCAAUUGUGACACACUAAUAAUAUAUUAUGACUGUCACAAAAGGUUGUACAUAAUACUGAUUAUAUCAAGCUUGAAUAUUAGAUGAGGCAUGUUACUUAUUUUUUGUUUCUGUUUUGUCUUACACUCAGUGUGUCUGAUUGUAUGUAAAUGUGCAUAUCAGUAUUCAAAUAUACCAUGUAAACAUAAUAUAAAAUAUUUUCCUUACACUACAGAAAUAUUACAUGUGGUUUUUAUUGAAAGAAGAUUAUUUCAUUGUACUAUUCUAGAAUGAACAAGCAAAAAAAAAUGCAUGAAAGUAAUUUUGGCUGUCCCAUGAAGUCAUGUAGAUUGAUGAAUACAAAAUUGUGUCUAUUAUUUUCCCCAUUUCCUUUAGUCAUAAUUACACACAAAGGUUAGAAAAUUCUAAAAAAAAUCUGUUUUUGUUCUCAUUGUCUGUAUUUUUUAUUGUGAUAUUUGUUUAUUUAUAAUCUAUGUAGUAUUCAGUUAUUGUAUUGAAGCUGUUAUUGGGACCAUUUGUUUCAACAAGACUUAUGUUUCUGCUGGUGCAUUGUAUACACUCAUUAUAUAUUUUUAUUUUGUGCAUUAUUGCAGUUUCUGCAAUAAAGAUAUUUACAUGUGCAUUAA